UGUCUCGACACACGACCCAAUCUUCCUCACGAUCGCCUGCUACGGUUCCUCCGUUGAAUUUAUAUAUAUAUAUAUAAUAUAUAUAAAUAUAUAUAUGUAAAUAAAUAUAAGAUUUUAUACGCGAACGUUAAUUUGGUUUUAUAUAUUUUAUCCAGUUUGGAGAUUAAGGAGUUUCGUGAUUAAGGAUCAAUUUAACUAGAAUUCAAAACAAGAAGACAAAAUGAAGGUUAUAUUGGCAGCAUUAGUAUGCGCUUUGGCAGUAAAAACUGUGAUGGUGAUGCCGGUAGCGGAACCGGGAGAGCCGCUUCCAGUGGUGCCGUUGGAGAAGAGUUCCGCCCAACACGUGCUCAGGCGAGAGACUGUCGAAACUGCACCAGCACCUACUCCUAGCGAGCACAAGGAAAACGAGACCCCGGAGGCUCACAAGGCUCAUGAACACCAGCAUCAGCAAGCCAGACUCGCUGAUAAGCCUGAAGAAAUCCCCGAGAAACUGGAGAAGAAAGAAGAAAAGAAGGAGGAGGCUAAACCUGCUGAGGAGAAGAAGGAAAUUAUCCUUGAUGAGAAGAAAGAGCUACCAGAGAAAGAAGAAAAAUUGAAAUCUGUUGUUGCGGAGACUGUUUCUGAGAUUAUUGCUCCCGUUGAAGCUCCUAUUGCUGCUCCAGCACCAGUUGAAUCAAAACCGGAAGCGAUUGUACCAGUCGGAAAAAGCGCCCCGCAAGAAGAAUCCGUGGAACCAAAGACUGAAGAAAAGCCAGCAGAGGCCCAGAGCCCAGUAGCCAGUGAAACAGUAGCUGCACCAGCUGUAAAAUCCGCGGAAGUAAUCCCCGAGCCGUUGACCCCCGUUAAAGCUGAGCCCGCUAAAGAGCCAGCCGUGGAGCCAGUUGUCGCUGAGGAGGAGAAGAAAGAGGAAAAGAAAGAAUCUAAGAAAGAAGCUAAAGCCGACGACAAAACUGACCGCGUAACUCGCGGAACCGAGGAUGCUUCACCAGCUGCUGCUGCUCCUGCUCCUGCUGCUCCAGCGGCACCCACACCCGCUUUGGAAGUCGCAGCUGCUUCUGACGAGCCUGAGAAGAAAUCCGAGGAGAAGAAAGGGGAGCCUGCUCAUGAGACUUUAGACAAGAAAGUAGAAGCUGUCGAGGCUGCCAAAGAAGAAAAGAAGCCAGAGGAAAUCAAAGAAGAGCCCAGUGUGAAGGCUUUGGAACCUGUUGCUGAAUUUGCUUCAGAUUCUGGUUCUGCUUCUGGUGCUCUUUCUGGUUCUACUUCUGGUUCUACUUCUGGUGCUGCUUCUGGUGCUGCUUCUGGUGCUGCUUCUGGUGCUGCUUCUGGUGCUGUUUCUGGUGCUGUUUCUGGUGCUGCACCAAAAACUAUCGAAGCUGAGAAGGAAAAGGAACAAGUUAGUGACAUUAAAGCCGCUGAACCAGUCAGUCAAGGAAAAAGUGCACCUGUUGCUGCUGAACCAGCUAUUGCAGAACAGCCCCAAGCUUCUGAACCUGCAGCUGUUGCCGAAUCGACGCAACCCAAACCAGUGCCUAUUGCUGAGACGAUAAUUGCUAAAUCUGGAGCCAUCGAGGCUGCCAAAGAGACCAUCGAAGCUGUAAAAGCCGAGAAUUCUUCAGAGGAAAAGUCCAGCGAGGAAGACAAGUCCAGCGAGGAAGAAAAGAAAGAAAAGCCUGCGGAAAUCAAGCCUGUUGAAGCUAAGAAAUUGGACUCAAAGCCUGAGGAGCUCCCGAAACCUCAGGAGUUGAAGGAAAAUUGAGUUGAUCAGUUCCAAAGUUCGAGGAAGAUCAGGCGCUUUCUGGUCUGCAUUCACUGACCCAUCUUUUUUAAAACUCUAUAAAAUGAAGAAAUUAAAAACUUGAGAGAGAGACGCGAACGAACGAGCGAAAGACAAAAGAAUGGGCUAGAAUAAUCGAAUUAGUAUGCUUGAACGAUUUUGAAUGUAUGUUAAAAUGGUUGAAUGAUGAUAUAAGAAUAAUCGAAAUAACGACGGCUGUUGGAUUAAGGAGAGAGAUGGUGAGAGGGACCAAAAUACGAUGGAUUUUAUAUGUAAUAAUAUUAUCGAAGACAAGAGUUGUCCUCACGGUCCCUAGCGCGCUGCGACCUCGAAGAGACAUUAUUUUUUUUUUAAUUUAAUUAAUAAUUAUUUAAGAAAAAAGAUUCUCUCUUAAUUCGAGCUCGAACCGCUCGGGACUCCGUGAUAAUAUUUCGUCGCUUUGAACAAUUAUCGAUUGGUGUUCACCGCGACGAUCAGCUCUCCUUACAAUUAUUAUUACUAUUAUUAUUAUAUUUUUUUAAUCAUCUCACCUUUUAUCGUUAACUCACUCGCUCGCUCACUCACUCACCAAUUUAUUAAUUACAUUAAUAACUCUCUCCAUUUAUAUAUUACAUACCACCCUUAAUCCAUAUUGUCCAUUUGCCCUCAUUAAAUUCCGAGUCCAUUUGUUUUUUUGUUACUCUCCUUUAUUUUAUUAUUUUUUUUGUCCCCAUGCACAUUCAGAAUUUUAUUCUCUCCUUACAUUUCCCUAGCUUACGUGUCAUUAUUUUUAUUAUUAUUAUUAUUUUUAUUUUUAUUAUUAAUUAUUAAUUAUUGAUAUGAUUUUUAUUAUUAAUACGUUUAGUGACGGUACCAAUAAUAUUAUAAAAUUAUUAUCGAUUUGUAUUAUUGAUAUCAACAUCGUUACUACAAUAAUAAUUUUCAAUUAUUAUUUAAAA